CUUUUACUGCCAGUGUCUGAACAUUACACUGGUCGUGUUACUUGGUGGGGCGGUAGUUGGUAUUACCCCAAAGUAAAAGCCAAGUUUGUAGAAAUGCAGUUGUUGGAAAGGGUGAAGGAGGAAUCCCCUUUCAACAAUUUUUUUGAGAGAGAGCCAUUAGCGUUUUCAGGUGCUCUUAUCCAUCAGCUCUUCAUGCAUAAGAUAAAAUCAGAUAAAGAUGAUGAGGUGCAUUUUUAUAUUGCAAAGAAGAGAUCCCGAUUCGGCCGAACUGAGUUUGCCUUGGUGACUGGGCUUAAUUUGUUACGUGGACCGACUGAGGCUGAGGUUUCGGAGAGGGCGACGUCAGACCGUUUGAUAGUAGAACAUUUUAAUGGGGAUCCAUCUAUCAGCAUUGGUCGUCUGCGCAGCGUCUUUGAGAGUUGCACUGAGAAGGAUGAUUGUUACAAGUUGGGUUUGGUGCUGUUCGUGAUGGGUGUUCUGACUGGGAAAGAAGAGAAGACCCUGGUUCCCCCAUUUAUCAUUAGAAUGGUUGAGGACCUCCCUUUUUUCUACAAUUACCCGUGGGGGAAAAUUUCUUUCAACUUGUUGAAAGAUACUUGGAGUAAGGACUUCGUACAAAAGAAAAAGCAUAUGGAUAAGAAGAUUGAGAAGGGAACGACUCAGAAGGAGUCAAAGUAUUCGGCCUAUGGAUAUGCUGUAGCAUUGCAGUAUUGGGCUUAUGAGUCCAUCCUCGAGCUUGCUGAGAAAUUUGCAAUCAGAAGAUCGCAUCGCUUUCCCCGAAUGGUGAACUGGGAGAGUAAGGAUGCCCCACUCGGGAAAGAGGAAGUCAUCAGAUUAUUUGCAAAAAAAUUGACAGUGUACUCCGUUUUAUGUCCGCGGAGUAAUGAGGCCGAGUUUUUGAGCCACGUCACUGGAGGUGAGGCGCCUCUAUUUGUGGAUAUGGAGGAAUUGGUUAUUGGCAAUGAUGGCCAGCCUACUCAGGAUAGUUUGCGCAGCCAAGCUUCAAAGCUUGCACUCACGCUAGAACAGCGAGCGGAGGAAGCUGGAAUCUUCAGAGAUGAUACACCACCACAUUCUCCACCAUCAGGGGCCCGUUCUGUUCCACCGUCUGCCUCAAUGCCCGAUUCUGCAUCUAUGCCGCAGUCAGCAUCUAUUCCCAGCACCUCACAGCCUCAGGUGCCAAUAUCUUCUGCCAUAUUGGCAAGAUUGGAGCGUGUUGAAAAGGAACAGCUUGCUUUGAAGCAAGGCCAGACUGAUAUUUUGAAAGGGCAGAAUGAGAUAAUGGGUUACUUGAAGACCCUAUUGGCUCUUAUGGGAGAUCAGAGAAGGCCCAGCGCAGAGGCAGAGCCACAGCCAGACGCCGUGUCUCCAGGAGAUGAGUUCAUUCUUCCGAAUGAUUACAGACCUAAUGAUGUGGAAGAUGUACUCCAAACACCUCAGAACAUGUCGGUCACGUCCAUUGGAGAUACCCAAGAUUCAGAGGUUCAGGUUUUAAAGACCGUUCCAACACCGGUGGAGAAGAGACCGAAGAAAAGGCCAAGGUGGUUUGACGAGUACACCGAAAUGAAGAAGAAGAUGAAGCCAUCAACAACCAAUGUGAAUGUUGACCCACUUCGGCCCGUUGAUGAGAAGCUACUACAUAGUUUUCGAAAUUGGUUAGUGGGAACCAUCGGAAACAAGUAUCCGAGGGACGUCUUCACCGGUCUGUGUGGCGUGGCUUGGUUCUCGACCCUAAAUACAGACAACAAUGGCUUUCUGAUGAUGUAAGUUUAUU